AUGCCGCCGCGCUCCCCGCGUUGGAGCCCCACCCCGCCGGCGCGCCCACCCACGAGUGGAUCUAGAUCGGGGGCAACCGACGCCCCCGACCCGUCACGCGCCAUAGCCCCACCGCCCUCGUCGCUGGCAGCCCGGACGCCGCCCCGAUCUCGUCGCCCCGUCCACGGCUGUGCCAUCGCUGGACCCCGCCCGGAGCUACAUCGAGCCCGCCUCCCCGACGCCGCGUCGCCGGACUACCCGUCUUCAUCCUCCUCACGCCUCGCCGCCCCGCUUCUCUUCAACGCUGGUGAGGCCACCGGCCUCCUACUCCCCCUGCACUCCGUCGUCAAUCCGACCAAGGCAUCGGCGCACGCCCCUGACCACCGCCCCGUACGCGUGCUGACCGCGCUCACCGCGUCCUCGCCUCGCCCGGCGUGCCUCCGCACGCGCCCACCACCGCUCGCCGCUCGCCACGUCGCCGACGCCCUUGCCUCCGCCGCGCCGGAGCCCCGGCUGUGGCCGCUGGUCGUGCCCGGGCCACGGCUCGUCAUUCCUUCCCCCUCGUUGCCCGCGCCUGAGGCAGCGGAUGGGCGCCCGCAGCGCCAGAUCGGGCUGCGCCCGACGUCCGUUAGCGCCCGCUAG